AUGGGUAGCACGAGCUACAACAUAACUACAACUUAUGCCAAAAAUAACCCGGCUAACAAGCUACAAACUCCGUUAAAUUGCACCACCCAUGUAGAGGAUGCAAAGGAGAUUGCAACGAAACCGCAAGUACGACUCUAAGACACCGGGAACUCGAGACAUAUCGCUGGGGCCUAAUGCGACGCUUGGACCCGCAACCUGGAUAGAGACAAAGGCGAGUGUGAGGCGGCCGAUCACCCAGCCCGAAACUCCCUAGAAACGGACCCUAAAGCUGCAGAGGAACACCCACGUGCCUCCCUCUCCCCCCCCCCCUUGCCGGUGAGGGAUAUCCCGGCACCAACAGCAUACCGAUUGUUUGCCCCAAAGACUGUCCGACCCAAGGACCACCGACUCCAAUAUGGCGGAUGCCACGUGCCAAUCGACAGUUAUGGGGGCCAGCGGAGAUCCAGCGAAUCACUCUCUAUCCAAAUUCGACUAAAUAUUUGCUGCCUUCUGGGCUAAGAUAGCAGAGAGAAAGCUGCACACUGCUUCAACUAUACUGACCACUCCUGCAAGUAUACCUCCAGAGACCUCCAGCCCUACGAGCGGACGCAGAACGGUUACUACCGGCGGCUCCACUAAGAGGCGCCGACGGCGGAACCGGCGGAACAAGCUGCAACAAAGAGCCAGCUCUCAACCCCACAUUCACCUCCGCUUCAAGCGACCACGACUCCGGACGGGUGCCGAAGCGACCCCCCCAAUAUGCAAACCUCUAUCACCAAAUGCCGGAUGCAUGGCUUCUACAUGCACAUAUGUCCUUGACACCACAGGGGAUGGCGACUCCCAGGGGCUACAGUGCGAGCCCAGAGGGGAUCGGAUGAAGGUGACCGUGACAAUUGUCAGGCAUAUCGCUGGACUUCCCCGAAUAUGCCUCCUGACGCACAAACUGCUUUCUGAUUGCUGA